AUGCACAGCGACCUGGAGCGUUCUGGAGAGAAUGAUCGGCGUCGACUGGAGAAUCAGAUUCAGCUGCUUGAGAACCAAACUCAGGACUUGCGGGCUCAGCUGAGUCAGGAACGCGAGUCUCUUCGUCAUUUCGCCAAGACCCGGGAGGCACUUGUUGGUGCUGAGACCAGCAAGAAACACCUAGAAGAGCGCGUCGAGUCAUUGAGUAAGCAGCUCCAAGGCAACGAAGAGAAGCUCGCCGUCUAUGAACGCAGGGCGAGCGGCGCGCACAGUGUACCGCAACGCACUAACUCGGACAUGUCACACGAACAGCAGCUGGAAGCUGAGGUUGCUGAGCUGCGGUCCGCGCUCAAGGUGGCGCAGGUCGAUCUCGCCGCCGCGAGAAGCCAUGUUCAACAGUACCGGGAGAUAAGUGAGGCUAACGAGACUGCGUUGGCCACCCUUAACGCAACCCACGAUGAGUACAAAGGAUCAACAGAGGCUGAGCUUGCCAAGCGCGCCGUAUGUAUUUUCCGCGCACGUCGUCGUGGUUUUGAUGGUCGAAUGCUAACAUCUUCUCAGUCUGAACUUAACGCUCUUCAAGAGAAGCUGCAGGCAGCACAGCAUGAUUUCACACAAACAUCAGCUAAAUGCAGCGAGCUGCAACGCAUCCUUGACACGGAGCGAGUCGCUUGGGCGAACGAUCGGAAGACACUCGAGGACACCAUCGUGGACAUGAGUACGUCGGAGCGUGAAUCUGAGAGCGACCGUUUGUCGCGCGAAGGUGAAAUGCGGCAGCAAGAGGAAAGAGCAAAGGCUGCCGAGGAACGCUAUGCAAGCGAAGUCGUUGCUCAUGCUGAAGCCCUCAAGGCCGUAACAGAUCUCAAGGAGCAGCUUUCUAGAGCGCAUGUCGCUGCUAGAGAAUUCCGUGCUGCCGCCGAGACGGCUCAAGCUAAGUUGGCUACCUCUGAGGCCAGCUGGAUUCAGCAGAGAUCAGCUCUCGAUAAAGAGAUCAUGGAUCUGAACUCGAGAUGCAAAGAUCUGGCCGCCCAAAACACUCUACUCCAUCAGCAUCUGGAGUCUGUCAGUUCUCAAGCUGCUCGCAUCCGUCAAGCCGCCGAUUCAUCCGCUUCUGCUGUAGAAGGAGAGACUUCUAACGACACUGACGCGAAGUUGGCGGAUCUACGCUCCGUUGUCGCAUAUCUGCGUCGGGAGAAAGAGAUCGUCGAGUUGCAGCUAGAGCUAAGCAAGCAAGAGAAUGCGCGCUUGAAGACACAGGUUGACCACCUGUCGCACAAUCUCGACGAGACUCGCAAGGCACUUUCUGAGGAACGAGAGCGUGCUGUGGAAGCUGCCUCCUCAGAAGCACAACAUGCGGAGCUGGUAGAACGAAUCAACCAGCUCACGAUCCUCCGCGAGAGCAAUGCCACUCUGCGGGCUGAUUGCGAAGCUCACGCUAAGCGCGCUCGCGAGUUGGACGUCAAGUUGAAGCAGCUGUCUACAGAACUUGAGCCUACGAAAGAACAUCUCCGAAUUGCGCAGGCCGAAAUCGAGUCGAAGGAUCAGCAGAUCAAGCGGCUUGAGGAGGAGAGCCAAAGGUGGAAAGAGCGCAACUCCCAGCUUCUCAGCAAGGUAUGUAAAUUGCGACAUAUCCAAAGAGACUUACUGACAUUAUAUCGUGUGGCAGUAUGA